CUUUGACAUUGAGGUUAUGAAAACAAAGUUCUUUCUCAUUUUGUAAGUCGCAAAGCACGUUAAUUUGUUAAAAAAAUGACGAAACUAGCUGACAAUGUUAACCCGAACGUGUACGAUAAGGGUUCGGAGCGGGAAAAGACUUCAGAAGACUAUAACGAAGACAUUGAAGAUUUAUUUGACGAGCGUGAAAUAUUUGAUUUGAUACGUAAUAUCAAUGAUCCGGAGCACCCUCUGACGCUGGAAGAGCUUAGGGUGGUAGAAGAGAGUAAUAUAAAGGUGGACAAUAAGGAUAAUACGGUUGUUGUGAGUUUUACACCAACCAUACCACAUUGCAGCAUGGCUACCCUUAUAGGUCUCUCAAUCCGUGUCCGUCUCCUCCGAGCCUUGCCGAGUCGUUUCAAAGUCACCGUAGAAGUGUCUGAGGGUUCCCACGUCUCCGAACAUGCGGUCAACAAGCAGCUUGCAGACAAGGAGAGGAUAGCGGCUGCCCUAGAGAAUAAAAAUCUUGUGCAGAUUAUAAAUCAAUGCAUUGCAACAGUUUAGUAUGUAUGUAUGAGUUAGUUUAUAUGUCAUCAUCAUCAUCAUCAUCAGCCUAUAAGUGCCCACUGCUGAGCAAAGGCCUCU